AUGUCGUUAUCACAGCAGUCAACAGGUCGAGGACAUGGUCAACCAGGAACUCAAGCAGUUUCUUCUGUAUCAAGUGAUGACUCGUCAUCAGUUAUACCAAAAACAUCAGAUGUUUCUAUUUCCUCGAUUACAGACAAUGUGCAAAUGCUCACUGCAUCUCGAAAGACUCCUAUGAACAGUGGUCGAGGUCGUGGUGCUCAUCUGAAACAAAAAACUGUAGUGCCUGAUCCUGGCGCAACAAUAUCAGAUUUAACCAUUGGUCAAUUCAAGUCAAAUGAUCGACCAACAAAGCCAAAUGAAUUGGGAAAAAUUGGCAACCAUAUAAAAGUUAUGGUAAACUAUUUUCCAAUUGUUGAAUUUCCACAUAGUGGUCUUGUUUAUCAAUAUGACAUUCAAAUUAAAAGUAAAAAUUCUUUUAAAGUUCUACGUGAACAUCGACGUGUACUGUAUCAAUGUUGGUUGAAUGAAUACUGUAAAACAUAUCGACAACUAAAUAAAUAUAAAAUUGUUUUUGAUAAUCAUCAUAUUAUCUUUACGAUUGAUCAACCAUUUCCCAAUAUUGACGAAACUGAAAUCACUGAGAAAAUAAUGGCACCGAAUAGAUUUAAUCGUCAAGAAGAAUAUCAAAUUUCUAUUAAACGAGUGGGUAAUGCGAUUGAUUUAAGUUUGUUACAUUUUCUUAACGAAUUUUACGAUACGGAAAAUAAUUCUAAUGUCAAUGUUAAUGAUAUCCGAAUUAUUCAACAAGUGUUAUCGAUUGUAUUACAUGAAAAUUGUUCAUCAAAUGCUGCUUAUAUUUACAAUCGAUCAUUUUUUGCACAGCCCAUAUUAAAAGAUAAACACGGUUACUGGGAUCUUGGUUUAGGCAAAGCUUUAUGGCGUGGUUUCUAUUCAUGUCUUGUCUUCGCCAAUGGUACUCAUCGACUACUUAUGAAUCUUGAUAUGAGUCAUACAAUUUUUAUGAAAGAACAAUCAUUCAUUGAUUUUCUCUGUGAAGUUAUGCUUCACAGUACAUGCGGCAAAAACCAUUACAAGUAUAAACAAAACGUGCACAAAGCCGAAAUGAAAGAUGUUCUAAAAUUUCUUGAUCAAAAUAUCAAUGGUAAUGAUUAUCAUGGUGAAAUUGAAUUUUUACUCAAUCAUUGUAAACGUGAGUCAUCAUCCCAGCAGACAUUUCUAUGGAAGAGACACGGUCGUUCUGAUGUUGCUACAGUCGAAUAUUACUUUAAAGAAAACUAUGGAAUUCCAUUAAAAUAUCCAACAUUGCCUACGUUGAUAAUGCAUAACAAAGCAUUUGUACCAAUGGAACUUGUUGAUGUUCAACCUAUUAAAGUGAAAAAAAUAACUGAUGAACAAAGAGCACUUCUUUGUUUAAAAUCAUCCAUGAUACCCUCGGAUUAUCAUCAAUCGAUCAUGGAAAUUCGUCAGAAUUCAAAACAACAAUGUUUUGAAAAGGAUUCAUUUGUCAAAGCAUGGAAUUUGAAUGUUGAUGUCAAUAUGCUCCAAGUAACAGCGCGUAUUUUACCUAUGCCUGAAAUCAUUUAUACGGAUAACUUUCAUGUAAAUGAUGAAUCAAUCAGACUCUCAGGUGUUUGGAGUAAUACGAAAACUCAAUUUCAUCGUCCAACAAAUUUUCCAUCUGUAUGGGCUUUGAUCAAUUUAUCAGUAUCAUUGAAUAGAAAGUCAUGUGAAGCAUUCUAUGAGCAAUUGCGUAUGGUUGCUGUUGAUCGAGGUAUUAACUGUCCAGAACCCGUUCUCUAUGAAGAAUACAAUGUUCAACCUGAUUCCAUUAGUCAGAUGAUUGUUGCACUGAAAGAAAUGAUGGAAAAGAAUAAUGAUUGUAAAUUUUUUAUCGUCAUCUUACCAGAGAAUAACAAUAUUAGAGAUCAAAUAUAUGGGGAUAUAAAAAAACUGUGUGAAUUAGAAUCUGGUUUCGGAAUUGUUAGUCAAAUGAUAAAAUUGAAGGAAAACGAAAGCAAUAAUCAAUGGAAUUAUUCAAGACUGAAUAGUAUUUUGAUGAAGAUAAAUACUAAACUAGAUGGAGUCAAUUCUAUUCUUCAUGUUCCUGAUGUCAUCAAAGAAUUUUUCUUACGUGGUCAUCGAUAUAUGUAUGUUGGUGUUGAUCUUAGUCAUGGAGCACCUAGUUCAGGUAGAAAAUUUUCAACCGUAGCUGUUGUGGCAUCAGCCGAUGAUAUACCCAAUCGAUAUUUCAAAGAGAUCUACGUGCAAGAACGCUUAGCGGAAGCACGCAGACAAAGUCGUGAAUACGUUGUAGAUAUGAAACAGAUUAUGACAUCUCUUAUUAGUCAAUAUGAAAAAUGUCAUGGUUAUCCACCAUUGGCUAUUGUUAUCUAUCGUGAUGGAAUUUCAAAUAGUGAAUUUGAUAGUGUAUUCGAAAAAGAACUCAUGGCAAUCCGAGAAGCUUGUGUUGAGUUAUCACCAAUCUAUCAGCCAUAUCUUACUUAUAUUGUAGUGAACAAGAAACAUCAUACAAGGCUUUUUCCAACCGAUUCAAAUGGUAAUGUUAAGGCUGGUACAGUUGUUGAUUCACAUGAAGUUACUAAUCCUACAACUUAUGAUUUCUUUUUGAAUAGUCAUCAUACAGAAAAAGGAACAAGUCGUCCAACACAUUAUCAUGUUUUAUACGAUGAUAAUAAACUAAAACCAGAUCAAGUUGAAAUGUUAACUUAUGCUCUAUGUUACACAUGUGCUCGUUGUACUCGUUCAAUAUCUAUUCCAGCACCUGUCAAAUAUGCUGACUUAUUAGCCUUUCAUGCAAAUUUAUAUAUCAAAAGUUUCGAUCAAUUAGACACAGAAUCAGAUAUUCCAGUAAAUCAAACAGUGAAUGUUGACAAUAUGAUAAGAAGUAAACGUAUUGUAUUAAGUUAUGGUCGUGGUGGGAGCUUGGUUGGUAAACUCGAAGAAGCUACACAUAUCGAUCUAAAUAAAGACGGGCGUAUUGGCAGAGGAUUUCCAUCUUUUUCAAAUUACCAUCCGCCUUAUAAUCCAUAUGGCGGUCCUCCUCAUCCUCCAAAUUUCAAUCAAUCUGGUAAUCCGAGUUUGAUCAAUGAACUUGAAAAAGCGACAAAUGUCGAUUUGAAUCAUGACGGAAGAAUUGGCGGAGGGCCUCCAUCUUUUUCAAAUUACCCUCCGCCUUAUAAUCCAUAUGGCGGUCCUCCUCAUCCUCCAAAUUUCAAUCAAUCUGGUAAUCCGAGCUUGAUCAAUGAACUUGAAAAAGCGACAAAUGUCGAUUUGAAUCAUGACGGAAGAAUUGGCGGAGGACCUCCAUCUUUUUCAAAUUACCCUCAGCCUUAUAAUCCAUAUGGCGGUCCUCCUUUUCCUCCAAAUUUCAAUCAAUCUGGUAAUCCGGGUUUGAUCAAUGAACUUGAAAGGGCCACAAAUAUCGAUUUGAAUCAUGACGGAAGAAUUGGCGGAGGGCCUCCAUCUUUUUCAAAUUACCCUCCACCUUAUAAUCCACAUGGCGGUCCUCCUUAUCCUCCAAAUUUCAAUCAAUCUGGUAAUCCGAGCUUGAUCAAUGAACUUGAAAAAGCAACAAAUAUCGAUUUGAAUCAUGACGGAAGAAUUGGCGGUGGACCCGCCCCUUUUCAUAAUUAUAAUCCUUAUAGUUACUGA